AUGGCUGGCCUGGAUUUUUUUUUUGGUCGUUUUUUUUUAUAUGGUGCAUUGUACUUAUCACAUCAUCGUUUUAUUUUUACAGCCUUCAUCAAAGCCUAUGCUGCUUACUUGAAGCGCACUGGUAAGCUCGAUGUUCCCAAGUGGGCUGAUCUUGUCAAGACCGGUACCUUCAAGGAAUUGGCUCCCUAUGAUCCCGACUGGUAUUUUGUCCGUGCCGCUUCCGUUGCCCGUCACAUCUACAUCCGCAAGAGCGUCGGUGUUGGUGCUUUGAACAAAGUCCAUGGUGGUCGUGUGAACCGCGGUUCCCGCCCCUCCCACCACGUUGAUGCCUCCGGCUCCGUCAACCGCAAGGUUCUCCAGUCUUUGGAAAAGAUCGGUGUCUUGGAAAAGGACAAGAAGGGUGGCCGCAGAAUCACUCAGGAUGGCCAGCGUGAUUUGGAUCGUAUUGCCAUGACUCUUGCUGAAGAAUCCGAUGAAGAGUAA